AACAAAAUUCUCAAAUUAGCCAGUCUGAUCUUGUCGAUUGGGUAAAACAAACGAUGGAUCUUAAUAUUCAUCAAAGUACUAUUAGUUAUUUAAUAAAAAAUAAGGAUGAAAUUGAAGAAAAUUCCUUGACGAAAAGACAAAAAACAGUUCAAUACCCAGCUCUUGAAAAUAUAUUAUAUGAAUAG